UCCCAUUUCGGUUGCCGCUCAGAGGGACGUGCCGCUGGCUUUCUUGGGAGGACGGGACUUUUACUUAAGCACGCGUGAGACAGCGACGCGGGGACAUAUAUUUCAAACUGUGUGCCUCUCGUGGAUUUCCGACACAGAUUCGCCCGAGUAUGCCCAUCGGUUGGGGCGAAAAGUGCAGAAACGUCAAGACCGGUGGUCAUGUGAUCCGAACUGACCAAUGGGACUUGCGCAUUUGAACGUCCUCGUAUAAAAGGCGACCUUGCACUGCGUAGCCAUUGCUGUUUGCAGAUUCUGAUAUUCGGGCGACUAAUCCGGGUGGAAAAUGGAUAUUGCACGCCAUCCGACUGGCAAAGGUUACCUGCAGUCUACGCACAGCGUCAGCAAAUGCAGUGUAUGAUCUGCACCCGGGGCUGCUCGUCGUCUUCCCCCUCGUCGCGCGCCCUCUGCAAGCACAGCAGCACUUGGCUUGAAGAUAUGCAUGGAGUUGGUCCUGCAAUGACUGGUCAAAAUUACUUGCCAUUUGACCGUAGUAGCUGACGCCAGCUUUCUCAAAAUCCACCGUGCAACGAUGGUUGUGCUGCACAUCUCCAGAUUUCCCUGUAAGGAAGGUGCGCUCGUCCCAAGAGGCACUUAGAGGGAGUGUGCAUGGGAGGUACCCAGGACAGCAGUAGCCAUAACGAAAUGAGUGGGACUGAGCCAAACUGCAACAGUAGCAGCAGCAGCGGUGCUGCAGCCCGGGAGGAGCCCAUCCUGGAGCCCAUCAACGGGGUGGUGCAGCCGCCCUUUCUGCCACCAGCCUCGCGGCGGCAGCGCACCACCAACCAGCUGCAGCACUUGCUCAAGGUAGUGAUGAAGGCUCUGUGGAAGCACCAGUUUGCCUGGCCAUUCCAGCAGCCCGUGGACACAGUGAAGCUGAACUUGCCCGACUACCACCGUAUUAUCCGGCAUCCGAUGGACCUGGGCACCAUCAAGAAGCGGCUGGAGCACUGCUACUACUCCUCGGCACAGGAGUGCAUUGAGGACUUCAAGACGAUGUUCACCAACUGCUACGUGUACAACAAGCCUGGUGAGGACGUGGUGCUCAUGGCCCAGGCCCUGGAGAAGCUCUUCCUGACGAAGAUAACGGAGAUGCCCAAAGAGGAGACGGACCUGCCCUUGCCACCACCUCGGGCAGGGCAGGGCAAAGGCAAGAAGGGCAAGACUGGUGGUGCCAAGGCCUCUACAUCCAGGGCCAAAGGGCCCAGCCCAGCUGUGCAGAAUGCGGCGAGUCCGGCCACCAACUCCCACUCCCCUGCUGAGAGCGUACCUGGCAGCACUAACACACCUACCGCUCUGAGUGCAACCUCACCCACUCUGCGCUCGAGCACAUAUGCACAGCAGAAGGACCAAAGUGCCCUUCUGCAGGCGGCAGCUGCACUGGCAUCUGCGGCUGUGCCUUCAUCGCUGGAGGGUGUAAGCCCCGCUGCUGCCCCCUCUGAGCUCCCUGCCUCGGCCAUAAGCAGUGCCCCAGCACCCCCUCCUCCACUCGUGCAGAUGCCGGCCUCCAAGGUGAGCCCACCCAUUGCACGGGACGACGGCCGCUGGCCCCAGAGGCGACAGGUGAAAAAAGGUGUGAAAAGAAAAGCUGACACGACAACACCACUGCCUCUGGAGCCUGGUGCUUAUGGCGGUGCUCCCCCCGAGGCCAAGAAGGUGUCAACGCGGCGCGAGAGUGGGCGACCCAUCAAGAAGCCCAGCAAGGACCUGCCAGACACCCAGCAGCACAGUUCCAAGCCCAAGAAGGGCAAGCUCACUGAACAGAUGAAGUACUGCAACAGCAUCCUGAAGGAGUUGUUUGCCAAGAAGCAUGCUGUCUGCACGGGGGCAUUGUUCUUGAAGGGGCCGAGCCUGAAUGCGAGACGUCCACGCCGGGCGCAGCAGCCCAGGCCCGGCUAUGCAUGGCCCUUCUACAAGCCUGUGGAUGCGGAGCUCCUGGGACUGCACGACUAUCAUGAGAUCAUCAAGCACCCAAUGGAUCUCGGCACAGUCAAGCAAAAGAUGGACAACCGGGAGUACAAAAGCCCAGAGGAGUUUGCUGGUGAUGUGCGGUUAAUAUUUACCAACUGCUACAAGUACAACCCUCCUGACCACGAGGUGGUUGCCAUGGCGAGGAAGCUACAGGAUGUUUUUGAGAUGAGGUAUGCCAAGAUGCCCGAUGAGCCACCGCCAAGUGAGCCCCAGCCUGUGUCGCAUGCCGACCGGGUGGACUCUGAGAGUAGCUCCAGCUCACGGUCAUCCUCGAGUGCGAGCUCGUCUUCAAGCGACUCUGAGGACAGUGAUGAAGAACGUGAACGGAAGCUGCAACAGCUUCAGGAGCAGCUGCGCAAAGUGACUGAGCAGAUCAGUCUUCUGGCAGCCGAGAGUCGCAAGAAGGACAAGAAAAAGAAGAAGAAGAAGGCCAAGCGGGACAAGGUGGUGGGUGAUGUGAUUGUUGAACCCAAGGAGAUCAAGAUGGAGGCUGAGCUGCCGGCGGCCAUGGCACCUCCUACUUCGGAAGUGGCCUUGGGCACGACACCCACCACACCAGUGGCAAUUGCCAAGACACCCAAGGUCUCCAAGGGGGCCAAAGGGGCAAAGGGGGCAACGGCCACGACGACGGCGGGUGCUGCCGCGGCAGUGACAGCAGGGCCUACCACGGGUGGCACCAAAUCUGGCGGGGGCCAGCAGAAGCGCCAGCGGUCGAACAGUAAAUCGUCCAAAAAGAGCAAAAGCCUGCCGGCCUUCGACAGUGAGGACGAGGACAAUGCCAAGCCGAUGUCGUAUGACGAGAAGCGUCAGCUUAGCCUCGACAUCAACAAGCUACCUGGUGACAAGCUUGGCCGAGUGGUGCACAUAAUCCAGUCACGGGAGCCGUCCCUGCGAGACUCCAACCCAGACGAGAUCGAGAUAGACUUUGAGACGCUGAAGCCGUCAACGCUGCGCGAGUUGGAGUCCUACGUGGCGUCGUGCCUGCGCAAAAAGCCCCGUAAGCCUUACUCGUCCAAGAGCAAGCUGGCUGCUACAGCAGCUGGCAAGAGCAAGGAGGAGCAGGUGCGUGAAAAGAAGCAGGAGUUGGAGAAGCGGCUGCAGGACGUGAGCGGCCAGCUGGGCACCACCCCAAAGAAGCCCCUCAAGAAAGAUACCGAGAACUCGCACGUGGAUGUGGUUGGGGGCCCGAGCCGGCUGAGCGCCAGCAGCUCCAGCUCGUCGGACAGCGACAGUUCGAGCUCCUCGUCCACGAGCAGCUCCUCGGACAGCUCGGACUCGGAGUCAGAGCCCUUGGUGAAGAAAGAGAAGACCGAUGCCAACCAGGCUCCAACACUGGAGCCCCAGAGCCUGCUGGGGCCAUCCCUCCCAGGUACUAUGCCCUCACUGACGCCGGUGGCUCCACGACAGCCGCCCACUGCUCUGCAAUUGCCAGCCAGCAGCAGUAGCAGCAGCAAUGGCGCAGCUUACUCCCUGCACAGCCCUUCAGGCUUGCCAAUGGGUGGCCCCCCAUCAUAUACUCCGGCCAUGGUUCCCUUUCCUGGACUGCUCACUCCGGCCCCAAUGCCAGACCCAGCCCUGACAGCGGCCUACACAGGUCUCACUGGCCCACUGGGCAGCCUGUCUGCCAAUGGCAGCGUACCAGCGAGUGGCCGACCUCCAGUGGUUGCUAGCCACAGCAGUCUUCCUCAGCAGCCCUCGCGGCCCACAGCCACUGCAACAGCGGCGCCUGUCAAGAAGAACCCACCACACCAGGCACGGCCCACCACCAACGUGGCUCCUGCGACUGUGUCACCAGUGGCAUCUCCCCAGCCACCAGCCCCACUGGCACCCUCACCCCCCCUGGCCAAUGCAGAUGCUGCACCCAAAGGGUGCCCACAGAGCCCCACCACACGAACCGCCCCUUCAACCUCCGAGGCAGCCCUCAAGCUGGACGACCUGUUUGCACCUGCAGGCCUGAACAGUGGAGCCCCCCCAACCACAAGUGCAGCAGCAACCAUGCCUGUUGAGUUUGACCGCAAGCCGGACACCAAGGCGGCAUCGGUGCAGCAGCAGCAGCAGCAGCAGCAGCACCCUGUGGCCCCACAUUCCACAGCCACACGAAAGCAGAGUGGCGAGUCCAAGCUGAAAAACUAUGGCUCCUGGUCCAGCCUUGCCCAGUCGGCAGCCAAUAGCCCUGGCCAGGCACUCAAGACAGCCCAAGUGAAGGACAGCUUUCAGCAGUUCAAGAAGCAGGCCCGGGAGAAGAUGGACAAGCAGCGGCAGCUCUUUGAGGCCCAGGAGCAGCGGCGGCAGCGGGAGCUGGCCGAGAAGGAACGCCUGCGACAGGAGCAGGAGAAGCAGCGCGCUCUGCCCCCCCGCCUGGCCCCUUCGACCAGUGUGACUGCCGACGAGGAAGAGGGCCGUCGGGUAGCUGCUGCGGCUGCACCGCCCGCCAGUCCAACCGAGAAUGCUGUCAGUGAGCGUGAACGGCAGCGCCUGCGGGAGCAGGAGCGGCGGCGCCGUGAGGCGAUGGCUGGCCAGAUUGACAUGAACCGACAAAGUGACAUUAUGGCAACCUUCGAGGAGAUGCUGUGAUUCCUGCCGUAUGGCCAGGAAGCGCCACCUUAUGACUGUGCCUCGCGAGUGGUGGUGACUUGUGAUAUAAGACUGCUGCACCCACGUUUCCUAGCAUCCUGUGCACUGACACACAGUUGCCAAGUUUCGCCCAGUUCUGGGGGUGCCUCUUUUUGCCAACAACCUCAGUGGCAAAUGCAAUGGGACAGUCCUCCCUCAUUGUGUAAAUAGGGACUUCACAAUCACCAUGUGUGUGGCCAAGCUGUUAUUUGUUUGUGCAUGCCAUUGAGGUGUUUGCUGGUGGGACAAUUGGAUCUUUGCUGCAUGGUGGUCAUGUAGCCUCUCUAUCAUUUCUUUUUCCCCUACAGGUAAAAAAAAAAGUGGCAGCCAUCACUUGUGAAGCUUCUUUUUUUUUUUCCCAUGUUGUGCACUAAAUUUCACAUCCGUAUAAGAGUAGUGCAAUUGGCUUUUUAGUGCACUUGUCAAUUGUGUUUGCCGAUAUCAAGCAUUUGUAAACAUUCUUAAUAUUAUUGCACUCAAAUUUUCCUCCCCCAUUAGUGGCUAUAUGGUCAUAUUUUUUUUUCUUUCUUGUAAAAGUGGCACAUGGCAGGUGUUAUUUGUAAGCAAAUUUUGCAUUUGUUUGCUGUUUCUAUCAGUGGAUGUUUAGUGCAAUCAACAAUUGUUGCACAUGUUGAAUGGCUGUGAGUUUAAAUUGAUGUUGCACACAACAUGUGAACAUUUUUAUUUAUUUUCCAAAUUGUCCAUUGUUUUCUUUCGUUAUAGUGACGCUGCACUAGUAUGGAAAUGGUGGUUUGAAAAAUGUGGGCUAGCCCAGCUGUUUGUGUGAAUUGACACAAAGGUGGCUCCUCCGAUCAAAGCACUUCACUUAAAUGGCUGCCAAGAUAAUCAGCAUUUUAGUUUCAUCCCACAAUACUCUCUCUGGUUCAGGAAGUCAGAGACAAGUGUGUGAGUGAAGAUACCAGGCUUGUGUGUGUGGUGAGGCACAUUUCCAGUCUUGUUGUGGUAUAACCCCUCAUUGGAUUUUUACUGCUCAUAAGAAUCAUUUUGACAAGGUCUUAACAUGCACUCAUUGCCAUGCCUGCAGCAUUGUGUGAAAUUUGAUGAUAGCCUGUGGCUACAAGUCAAGCUUUUCAGAGCAUAUCAGUAGCAAAUGUGUGGUAUGGCCACAGCAUUUAACUAUGGUGCGUAAUUGUGCUUGCAGACUGAUUUCAUCAAAGGGGGGCUGUCACAUGUGCCUGGCAUGUAUGUAGGAGCUUCCUAGGUGUGACAAGCUGUAGGGUUAUAAACAGAUUUGUACAUAAACUAUGUGUGCAUGCUUUCUCUGUGUUGUUUCUUUCAGGACCUAUUUAUUUUGCUGUGGUUGUAACAACCUAGAGGAUAUAUAUAAAUAUGUUUCUAUUUGCUUGGCCCCUUGUAAAUAUGAGUGUUGAGGCAAUGGAGGCGCAAUUUCCUGCUCUUCUGAUGUCUAUAAGAAUUGUGGAAAGUUUUUAAAAUACAAAAUAAGCC